AUGGGAGAAAAUGCUGAUAGAGUCAAUGUCAUUGCACUCUGUAGAGGUGAUGUUCAGCUCGAUACAUGUCAUAGUUGUAUCAAUAAUGCCACGCGCUUAAUCUUACAAUUGUGUCCUUAUCAAAAACAAGCAAUUCAUUGGGCUCCUGGCGAUUCGUGUAUGUUACGCUACUCCAACGAAUCCAUAUUUGGAAAACCUGAAACUGUCCCCAGGUUUUAUGGGUGGAGAAUUGACAAUGUCACAAGUAGGAACGAGUUCAACCAGGAUUUGGGAACAUUGUUGAACAAUCUACGCAGCAAAGCGGCUGACGGUGGUUCCUUAAAGAAAUUUGCUGCUGCAAACACAACUGGACCGGAUUUGCUGACAAUUUAUGGACUUGUGCAGUGCACCCCUGAUUUAGCCUCGGAUGAUUGUAGUAAUUGCCUGAAUCAAGUUAUCGAAGUUCUAUCACAAUGCUGUAGUGGAAAACAAGGAUUUAGUAUCCUCACACCCAGCUGCAUUCUUCGUUAUGAAACCUAUUCAUUUUAUAAUGAUAUCCCUCAGCCGCCACCGCCGCCGCCACCACAACCAGUGUCAGCUCCGACACCACCAAUACUGGCACCACCAGGAAAGGAUGAUAAUACAUCUCGAACAAUUAUCAUUAAUACUGUUGUUCCAAUUGUUGCGGGCCUAAUACUUGCUCUUUUCAUUGGCAUCGUCAUAAGAAUGAGACGAAAGAGUAAACCACAAGAAAAAUAUGAAAGUAAGUUUAAUUUUAUUUAA